CUCGUCUUGCCGCCGUUGUUACAGGGAACAUUAUUCCGGACACUUGUUGGAGAACCCUAAGGCAGACUUUACCAGGGGGCUGCAGGCGGGGCCGGGGACCUCGCAGUGGGUGUGCGGCAGGCGCAGCGGGAACCGGGGGGACUCGCAGCGCAGGAGCGAGUGCGUGGGAGGGGUGGGCGGAUAACGACCGACCGGGAGGAGGCGUCAGGGCCCAGGGCCGGCCUGCCAGACAAACUCGGCAGGAUUCGGGUCUGGUCCCACCUCCGAGUGGGGGCUCACCGCGCAAGGGCAGGCCCCAGAUCGGCCUGGGGCUGAGAGGGGCCGGCUGGAGUUGGGUCAGGGCCGAGUUGCAGGGAGCUUCCUGUUUGUGGUCCUCUGUGGGCUGAGCCUGAACUCGGCCCCUGCUGAGGCUGCUUCUGGAUGCGCAGCCUGAGGAACACCCCCCCAAGGGAGGCCUGCUCCCUGCCCAGCGUCCCCCCCGCCCCGCACCUGAACCGGGCAGAGGAGGACUGUCACCCCCUUCUGCCGAUGUCUUUUAAAUGUCGGUCUUUUUCUCGGUUCAGCGAACAGUGAACGUGCGUUACUGAUGGGAUCACGGAAAAUGCAGUGGCACAACUGCCCCGCCCCACCUCCUCUGCACGGGCUGCCUCGGUUGUCUUGGAAGCCCUCGCGGGUCUGGCUGCAGCUCAGCUUCUCCUUCCGUGGGGCAGGGAGCUGGCUUCUUACCUACAGAAGGUGGGCCCAGUGCCCCAGCGCCCGGAGGUGCCCGAGCAACCGGAAGGUGCUGGUCCCCUCUGGAGGAGGGAGGGGGUGAGAGGCCAGGGGACACCUGAUGCCUGGCUGGGCAGGUGAGCAGGAGUCAGGCGUCUCUGGCCACGUGGGUGUUCAUCACCCCGACGCCUUUUUACGGGGUGCUGUUUAUUACUGUCCUCUCACGGUGGCAGAGGGCAGAGACGCAGCCCUGACUCUCUGCACCCGGGCCGUGGAAGUCACCGGCUCCCUGAGCGAACCAGCACUUAGCUGCUUGGCCCAGCUCAGCCCCUCGUUUGUGCGGCAGAACACAGCACCCCCCUCACCCCCACCUGCCCCCAGCACAGAGGGCGCAGUGAGGGCACCCAGGGCCGCCGCCGGCACCGGGCCUGCACACAGUGGCGGCGGCGUUCUGGGGUGUUUGGUGCCACGAAGGGGGCCUGGCCUGGGGUCUGUGGGCUCUCGACUCCGUGCGGGAAGGGUGUCACACCUCGGGCCCAGGUGACUGUGACCGUGGGGGUCCACUCAUUAGAGCGGGGGUGGUGAGACGAGGAAGGGCUCGGAAAGAAGAACCGACAGGAGGGAGCCUGGGUGGGGGCUGCUUUGGCUCCCUGGAAACCGAGAGAAAGAACUGAGCCGCGCUGGCCGCCGUCAGCUCCCGGGAGAGAUGGAGAAAAGAGGGCCCUGGGGACGGCCGUCUCGGUGGCCAGUCUCGUAGGGCCCUCAGGGUUUAGGAGACGUGGGCUGGUGGGGGAAGAGGGAGCGGGGAGAGGCCUGGGCACGCUCCCUGCAGGGGGGCGCUGGCUGAGGCCCCGGGGGAGGUCCCAGGGGACGUCUCAACGGGCUGCGCAUCAGCUCUCCAGCUGCGUCCCUUCGGGGUCCUGGGCUCCAUUGACUGGUCAGCGUCGGGGCAGAAGGUCGCUGGUCCUUGCGGCUGGUCCUGGGGACAACUGCCUGGCUCUGCUGCUCUUCGGGGCCUGGCGCUGAAACACAGCUGAGCCCUGGGCUUCACCUCUAGGGGGUAAAGGUCAGGGGAGGAUCCGAACUGCAUGACCAGCCAUGCGAAAGGUCAGGGGCCGACACCGCGUGACCAGUGAUCUGCCAGGGGAGGAGAGGUGACCCCGGGGACGGGUUCUGGCCCCUGUUUCGCCUGUUGCCAGGCAUCUGGGGCUUUUACCCUGGUGACCUGCAUGUGGCCGUAAAUUCCUCGGCCGGUCUGUCCAGCUGUCUCAGCUUCCCCAUUGCACUUGCCAAGGAAUUCUCCGAACUUCGUACCAUUCCGCCUCAAGUUCACGCAAUACUCAGGGCAGGGCGCGACCUUCACUGGAGAAACAGCUGGUCUGCCACAGGAGUGGAAGCCCCUCCCAGCGUGCUGGCCGGACAGAGUCAUUUUAGGACCCUUUAUUUUCAAUGGCCGUUCAGCACGGAGGCCCCUCAUCCUGUCCCCUGAGACGUGGGAGAGGCGGCGGCUGUCUGCCACCACGUCCCAGCAAAGGCGAGCCGGCGUCUCAGGUGUGUCAGAUGUUUGACUCAAUUCACAGAACCGACGGAGGCCUCGGGGUGGCCCGGGGGUGGGUGCAGGCAGGGUGGAAGAAGAUCACUUCAGUCCAAACGCUCCUCACCCGGGAUCUCCCAGCUGUGUCACCAGCUGUGUGCCAGGUGCUUUUCCGAGUGCUGGGCGUGGAGGACUGGACGAGGCCAAGUCCCACCCUCUUGCAGCUCACAUUCUAGUUAGAAGCAAACAAAUAGCCAAAACGAAGACCUAAAACUCCACAACCCGGGGUGCUGACUGCCUGGAGGAGAGAGGAGCCUCGGGGUGAGGCUCCUGAAGCCCUGUGACUCAGGAGCAGUCCCCAGCCCCAGGCCAGCUGCACGUCUGCACCCCAACGGGAAGGCCCAGAGGUCCGAACACCCCUCCAGGUCGGAGGCGGAUGCGUGAGGGCCCCAGAGCGCUGCGCGGGCGCCGUUCCCUCGGACGAGACGCAGCGGGGGCGCCCAGCCCCGGGUCGGCUGCGACAGAGGCUGGGAGAUGAUGGGCCCCGAGGGUGACCGAGGGGCGUCCGGGAGCGUCUUCGACCUGGACUACGCCUCGUGGAAGGUCCGCUCGACGCUGGCGGUGGCCGGCUUUGCCUUCUACCUGGGCGUCUUCGUCGUGUGCCACCAGCUGUCCUCCUCCCUGAACGCCACCUACCGCUCCCUGGUGGCCAAGGAGAAGGUCUUCUGGAACCUGGCGGCCACCCGGGCCGUCUUCGGGGUGCAGAGCACGGCGGCGGGCCUGUGGGCACUGCUGGGGGACCCCGUGCUGCACGCUGACAAAGUGUGGGCCCAGCAAGGCUGGUCCUGGUUCCACAUCACCACAGCCACCGGCUUCUUCUUCUUUGAGAACACAGCCCUGCACCUCUCCAACGCGCGCUUCCGCACCUUCGACCCCUUCCUGGCCCUGCACCACCUCUUCGCCUUCCUGGGGUUCCUGGGGCUGCUGGUCAACCUCCAGGCCGGCCACUACCUGGCCAUGGCCACCCUGCUUCUGGAGAUGAGCACCCCCUUCACCUGCGUGUCCUGGAUGCUCCUGAAGGCCGGCUGGUCGGACUCGCUGCUCUGGAGGGCGAACCAGUGGCUGAUGAUCCACAUGUUCCACUGCCGCAUGGUGCUGUCCUACCACAUGUGGUGGGUGUGCCUGCGGCACUGGGACGGCCUGCGCCGCAGCCUGCACCCGCCGCACCUGGCGCUCUUCCUGUGCGGGAUGGGCCUGCUGACGCUCGUGCUCAACCCGUACUGGACCCACAAGAAGACGCAGCAGCUCCUGCACCCCGUGGACUGGAACUUCGCGGCGCCGCGGCCCGGGGGCGGCAGUGCGCUCCCCAGAACCAACGGCCACGGGCCCCAGAAGAAGGGGCAGUAGCCGCUCGGGCCCCCCUCCGCCCCGCGGGGCGGCGUCCUGGCGAGGGGGCCGUGUGCCCGGCAGUGGGUCCGAGGGCCUGCAGACUGACUCGCUGUCUCACUGGUGUGGGUCUCCCAGGUGCCCUGAAGGCCUUCAGGCCCUGCUGUGCCGGCGGAGCAGCGUCCCGCCGUGCUGAUGCCGCUGUCUGCCCUGGCGCUCACCCACGGUGGCCUGCUGCUCGUCCGGAAGGGCCCGGCCGAGAGGCGAGCUGUCCUGCAGCCCCUGCCUGCUGCUGCGGCCUGGGACCCAGCCUGCCCUGCCGGGCCUGCGGGGUGGGCCUGGACCGGGCGGCUGCACCCAGGAAUGCCACCUGCGGAAGUGGGCAAGCCAGCUGGAUCCUUCCCAGCCACACCUUCAGCUGCUGCGUCCUGUCCAACAGCCUCACGGUUGGGAAGAAUUGCCCUGAGGCGGAAACUGCUCCCUUGCCAGGUGGGCGGGUCCAGUGGCUCUUGUCCUGGCGGGAGGAGCUCCUGGGGAGCAGCCAGCCCAGAAGUCACCUGUCUGCCUUUGGGAACGAGGGGAGGAGACAGGAAGUCCUGUCAGACUUUUCAUCAAGGAGGCGGCCACAGAACAGGAAUUUCUGUUCAGAUCGCAUCGCUCAGCUAACACAGUGAGGAAGAUACUCGCUAAUCCGGAGAGUCUGCAUUUCGGAGCCAUUUCCGUCUGCCGGAGCUGCUGGCAGGGCCCACGCAGGCCCCGGCUCCGCAGCUGGUUUUCUCUGUGGCUCUCAGGACGCGGGGGGCUGCAGGGGGGUGGUGAGCAGUGUCCCCCCGCCAGGCUGCGGCCCUGAGCUCCUGCACCUUCAGCACCACCGCCCCCCCCUUUCCUUGGCUGCCUGGUGGCGAGCCCCGGUGGGCUUUGCACGCCCACCCAGCACCCUGACUGACAGGUGUGCAAGCACUGUCCUUGCCACGAGUGUGCAGUUAAAAUCGAGAGUUUAUUUUUAUCAAAAGCGCCUUUGAAGUGUUUCUGGCGACACCUGUUGGUGGUGAAACAGCGGGCCUGGGCCUGUGGCCAGCAGGGGCCCCGAGAUCACCGCCCCCUCGUCACCCCUUGGCUGGGCUGCGCUGAUCACGUGACCCCUGCGUACCACACCUGGAGAAGCACCUGCGUCUUCCCCAGCGAAGCCGGCCGCUUCGGAGACCGCUGACCGGAGCCACCGCCCUGUGGCCUGUGCUUUCUGACCCGGGGUCCGGGGGCGGGGGAUAGGCCGUCUGUCUGGGGGACAGACAGGAAACGAAGGACAAUAAAGUGGCUGAUGUUCACAGCA